GGUUCCCUAGCCUAUGCACGGUAUUUUGCUUAGAGAACGGUUCUGGACGAAUAAGUUCGUGUCUAGGGAACCAAUUCCGGUUCUCUAGCCACUGCCAAUUUUAUAAGGCAUAAAAAAAAAAAAUUGUUCGUUUCCUGUAUCCCGACCUACCCUAAAUGUUUGGCCCGACACUAAAUGUUUUUAUGGCCAUGGAGAAUAUUUUUUCAACUUUUUUGACUAAAAGUUGCAAAACUGCACUUCUAAAUUAUGCUUUAAACAGUCAGGGGUGUAACUGUUUUAAACAACAACAAAUGGAUUUCGGCAGCAUUAUGCAUAGAAAUAAAAUUCCGGUUUGCUAGCCUAUGCACGGUAUUUUGCUUAGAGAACCGGUUCCGGACGAAUAAGUUCGCUGUCUACGGAACCGAUUCGGGUUCUCUAGCCACUGCCUAAACUAAAAUCAAAACAUGAAAAUAUCGGAUGAAGAUAACAACAGUUUCUAUACAAAAAAGGCGCAUUAAAGGUGAAGCUGCCGAAAUACCAGCAGACCAAAAGUGCUGUACGAAGAACCUGAAUUUAGGAAGAUGCCACCAUUGUAAGAAUGAGUAAGAAACAGGCAACAUUAUUCCAAAGCUGGAGAAAUAAAUCAAAGGGUCCCGAACAAGGGUCUGUCCAGUCAGUCUGUCAGCCUUCGACCGUAUCAGCAGAUAAUGAUGUCAUCGAUUUGUGCGGUAGUUUUGAGGACGAAGAUGACAAUCUUCUUUGCGAAGCAGAGGAAUCCGUGACUAAUAUAAGCAAACAUUUAGGACCAGCAGCCACAUCACACAAAAUUUUUCCAAAAAAUAAGGAGCAUGCACAUGCAUGUGAAAAUUUUGAAGGUCAGCAUGUUGGUGAUAUAUCUAUUGGUGCAGAUGGUUUUACACCAACCCAGGCUCAGACUCAAAGCUUUAAUAUUCCGGGUUUCGAUAAAUGUGCCGGCAAGCUGUGGAUCUACCCAACAAAUUAUCCAGUCAGAGAGUAUCAGUUCAGUAUAGUUCAGCAGGCUCUGUUUAAAAACACAAUGGUCACACUUCCCACUGGUCUUGGAAAAACUUUCAUUGCUGCCGUGGUGAUGUAUAAUUUCUACCGCUGGUAUCCUCAGGGGAAGGUGAUAUUCAUGGCACCAACCAAACCUCUUGUCGCACAGCAGAUUGAGGCAUGUUAUAAUAUCAUGGGUAUUCCACAGGACCAUACUGCUGAAAUGACAGGUAGUAUGGGUCCAUCUAAGAGAGAGAGAGCAUGGCAUGAUAAACGGGUGUUCUUCUUAACCCCACAAGUUUUGACCAAUGACUUGAGUAGAGGAUCAUGUCCGGCAGAGGAUGUUAAAUGUUUAGUUAUAGAUGAGGCUCACAAAGCUCUUGGAAAUCAUGCAUACUGUCAGGUUGUCAGGGAACUGGUAAAGUACACAGAGAACUUCAGAAUCCUGUCUCUCAGUGCAACACCUGGGAGUGAUAUAAAGGCUGUACAGCAGGUGCUGAACAACCUUUUAAUUUCUCAAAUUGAGAUACGUACAGAGGAUUCCAUUGACAUUAAGAGGUACUCUCAUGAAAGGAAGGUAGAUAAAGUGGUUGUCCCCCUUGGUGAUGAGCUGACAAAGGUUAAAACAAAAUAUAUACAGAUAAUGGAAGUGGUUGUGAAUAGACUGAAGCGACAUGGUGUUCUGUACAACAAAGAUACAACCAGUCUGUCAAAGUUCCUCAUUCUUAAAGCUAGGGAGGCUUUCAGACAAAACCCACCUGAAAGACUUCAGAGAAAUCAGUAUGGCAUAGUGGAGGGAGAUUUUGCUCUGGCAAUGAGUCUGUAUCAUGGAUACGAGCUACUUCAGCUGCAUGGGUCAAGGUCAUUGUACAAUUUUCUGGAGGGGAUACUUACAGGCGACAAGGGGUACGGCCGUACACGGACAGAAUUGACGAGAAAUGCCGAUUUUAAUGAACUCAUGGGUCUUCUGUCUGGGAAAUAUACUGCCCCGGAGAGUGAGACAGCAAGUCAAGCACGAGCAAAACCAUUUGUGAUUGGUCAUCCAAAGAUGGUGAAACUACAGGAGAUAGUGUUAGACCAUUUCAACACACAUUCAGAUGCUGGUACAAGAGUGAUGAUAUUCUCCCAGUACAGAGACAGUGUACAGGAGAUAACAGACAUGUUACAUGUACAUCAGCCAGUUGUUAAGGUUAUGAGCUUCAUUGGUCAGGCCACUGCUGGUAAAUCCACAAAAGGAUUCACACAGAAAGAACAGCUAAAGGUGAUGAAACAGUUUAGAGAAGGUGGUUAUAACACACUGGUAUCAACAUGUGUUGGAGAGGAAGGUUUGGAUAUUGGUGAUGUGGACCUUAUCAUCUGUUUUGAUGCUCACAAGAGUCCGAUACGACUUGUUCAGAGGAUGGGUCGCACAGGACGCAAGCGAGAGGGCAGAAUUGUUAUGUUAGUUACACAGGGUAAAGAAGAACAGAUAUACAACCAGAGUCAGUACUCCAAGAAGAGUAUUCACAAAGCAAUACUUAAUGGUGCAAAAUCAUUACACUUCUAUCAGCACAGUCCUCGAAUGGUGCCAGAAAACCUGACCCCCAGUUGUCACAAGAUGCAUAUCACUGUUAAGGAGAACUUCAAACCUACAAAGAAAAUCACCGCUGAUAAAGAUCUCAAUCAGAGUAAAAUAACAACUAUGAUGCAUGAUGCUGCCUCAAAGAAGAACCAGUCAGAUGAGAUUAUAACAUUAGAGGAGUAUCGUGAGCUUGAACCCUGGCUGGUACCAGAGGAAGAUGUACCAAAAUUACCAUCUUGCAGAAUCACUUGCCUGGAGAAAGAGGAUUCUAAUGAACUGCAGGGGAAAGAGGAAGAUGAAUGGUUGCUAGGGGAGGGGGAAAAGGGUGAAUUGAAGAGGAGCAAAAGGAAAGAACAUUGA